GCACCCUUUUGUCAGCGAGACGCGUCGCGGGUCUUGUCGCGGCCUUUGCACGCCAACGUAAAACUGCACGACGCCAUGUCGCGGCCAUUUUCUGCACCAUGGCGCUCUGCUACGACCGCGAGGCUGGGCUCGGUGUCCCGCAAGCCGGUGCUCCGGCGGGCAGCCACGGUGCCCGCGGAGGUGAAGCAUGCCGAAUUCGAGGUGCCUUUUGCAGAGGAGCUGAGGAGCGACGAGGAGUGCGUGGCGCCGGAGGAGUCAAGCCCCACCUCGCCGGUGACUGCAGCCAUCAACAGGCGUCGCGCCUCGCAGCCCAGCAUCGCGGUGGUGCGCCGGGUGCCUUUGUCGCGGCCGUCCUCCGCUUGCGAGGUGACGCGCCAGGAUGAGGAUGUGCGGCCGUCCUUUUCCAGGUCUGGCACGAAAGAUGAGCUGGAGAAGGUGGAUGUCCGGCUGCGGCCCCUGUCGCGGGAGGAGUCCUUCCAGCGCUCCGCCAGCGCCGUGAGCUUCUUCAAGGAGACUCAGGACAUCAACCGCCGCAGCCGCUCCAAGCAGACGGCGCUUGGCUCGGCCCUGGCCGCCGCCCGCGAGAGGCGCCGCUCCAGCGAAGCGCCGGCGCUGGAAAUGGAGCCGGAGCCCAUAGCUCCGGAGCCGCAGGCGCCUCCGCCCCGGCGCCGCAGCUUUGCUGAGCAGUUUGGCUACGGUGUGAUCCUCAAGACGCAGCUCCCCCCCAGACCCAGCGCAGUGCAGGUUCAGCAGAAGCCAAGGGCUGGCAGUGCGUUCAUGAGUCUGCAAGCGGGGGACACCGACCUUCUGCAACGCCUGGCCGAGCGCCGCCGCCGAGCCGCCUUCGGGGCAUGAGCUUCAAGUCCCAGCGGGGCCAAAAGGGGGAAAAAGACAAAAAGCCGCGAGCGCGGAAGACGCCUUUUUCGUUGCUGAGUCAAGACGCUCACGCAACAGAGAGAGUGAAAAAGUGGG